AUGAUCAAACGUUUCAUUGAACAAGUGGCCUUUACGGGUAAUUUAAAAAAAAAUUUUCUAUACUAUUGAUGGCAAUGUCAUGGCGACUGCUGCAAGUUUUUUUAGAAUAAUACUUUAAAGUGUUUAUGGUGAAAGGGAAAAUGAUGAAAUCUUUGAAUUGAAAGCCUUCCCUUCUUCAUAAAAGAUGUCAAUUGAAUAUUUCAUCUAUUCUAAUACGUUUGCAUUUAUUUACACAGAAACUCCCCAGACCUACAGUGCAGUGUUAUCUGUCCUUGGCUUUGUUCACAGUUGUGGUCUGGACAUUAAAUCAGAGGCUAGCAGACAGGUGAGGUCAUGUUUGACACUUUCAAUAGACUAGACAUACAAUCUGUGGCAAGCAGACAGAUGAGGUCAUGUUUGACACUUUCAGUAGACUAGACAUACAAUCUGUGGCAAGCAGACAGGUGAGAUCAUGUUUGACACUUUCAGUAGACUAGACAUACAAUCUGUGGCAAGCAGACGGGUCAGAUCAUGUUUGACACUUUCAGUAGACUAGACAUACAAUCUGUGGCAAGCAGACAGGUGAGGUCAUGUUUGACACUUUCAAUAGACUAGACAUACAAUCUGUGGCAAGCAGACAGGUGAGGUCAUGUUUGACACUUUCAGUAGACUAGACAUACAAUAUGUGGCAAGCAGACAGGUCAGAUCAUGUUUGACACUUUCAGUAGACUAGACAUACAAUCUGUGGCAAGCAGACAGGUGAGGUCAUGUUUGACACUUUCAGUAGACUAGACAUACAAUCUGUGGCAAGCAGACAGGCGAGAUUAUGUUUGACGUUAUGUAGUAUCAUGUGGCCAAAAAGCAGCGGCACCACUAUCAACAGUAGAGGCACCUUUUAAACAGUAGAGCCGCCUCUAUAAACUGUAGAGCCGCCUCUAUACACUGUAGAGCCGCCUCUAUAAACUGUAGAGCCACCUCAAGUCCUUUGGAUAAAGUUUAAAAGCUUAAACUCGAGGCUGAACUAAAAACUAGUUUAUUCAAGUUAACUGGAAUUGGAGGGGGACUUUCCCCCUCCUCACCCCCCCCCCCCCCCCCACCCAGCUAAAUCUAUGGCAUCUGCUUGUUUAACCGGCCCACUAUCACUCAAAGUGUUUUCUUGCUAUGUUCAGCCCUAUUGCAUACAUCCCCUAUAGCUUAAACUCUUUAAGCCAGCUACACCACUGCAGUGGACAUAUUGUAAUACUGCUAUCAGAGUUUAUACAUUCUCUCAGUUUCCUUGUUCUGACCUCAGUCUCUCUUCUCCCACCAGCUUUUGGCCAUCAUUGUCUCUAAGUCAGGGGCAGCUAAAGUCUUUGCCAAACAGCUGGGCUGGCAGGAAAACAUCACCAGGCUUCUCACUGUGGAAAGGAGGCGCGCCUUCACCCUGACCAACCCAUUUAAAGCUGACUCUUCUCACGCUGAAAGCAGGUCCUCUGGAGGGGGGUCUGUCAAGCUACUUCAAAUGGACCUCACCUACAUUUGCCAACACUAUCAGAGUCACUGGACCAACAUAUCCCUAACGUACCUGUGCCGACACUAUCAGAGCCGCUGGACCAACUUGUCCCGUCCACUAUAGCAAUACCUGGCAGCUUUCCACCAUCAGCCCCCCACAUCAUAUGACGACUCAUCCAAAGGCCUAUCGUUAGAUGUAAGCCAGUUGAAUGCUGGUACAGGCGCAUCCCACCCAUCACCACCCACACC